ACCGGUGUUUACAGUUAGGGCGCAGGAAGAAGAACAUCGUGCGUGACCACUUUCAUGAUUUGAGUUAAUUUGCCAAAGACGACUGAAAAAAAUAAAGCGAGACAGUUGAUCGUGGUUGCAAUGGAUGAAUUCAUAAAAACGAAAACGUAAAUGCCGUGAGUCAAUGACUCUCAAGCUUGGACAUCGACCGUGUUAGCCUACCCAACAAUGUUGCAAUUGCAGGGAUAACAAGCUAGCUAGCUGUGCUAGCCAGCAUUAGCCUACCCUUCCUUGCCAAGUGACAACGUUUAACAGCUAGCAACACACCCCUCUUCAAUGUGACGGUCUGCGAGUCAUUGUUUUUAUAGAUAUGAAAAAAGUCUUCUCAGAGAAGGUAUUGACAUGGUGUCUAACCCGACGUCAUACCAACUAUGUCUGACAGACCGCAGUCUUUCUCUUGGCUAGCCAUGGGUGCAGAAAAUAGUGCCCUGCGGAGCGUGGUGCUCGAGGAGCCGUUGCUGACGUUUCCCUCCGGACUCACCAUGUACUCCGCCUUGCUCCAGGACGGCAAGCCCGCCUCAGUGUUCGUUCAUAAACAAGGCAACGAAGACAAAGUGAAAAAAGCUGCCAAGCACCUGAAGACGUUACGGCACCCGUGUCUUUUGCGCUUCCUGUCGUGUUCGGUGCAGGACGGUGGUGUCCACCUGGUGACGGAGCGUGUGCAGCCCCUGGAGCUGCUGCUGGAAGAGCUGAGCCCAGAGGAGGUCUGCGCAGGCAUCUUUGACCUGCUGCAGGCACUGGUGUUCCUGCACGACCGGGGCAAGUCGAGCCACAACAAUGUGUGUGUGUCCUCUGUGUUUGUGAGCGAGGAUGGCCAUUGGAAGUUGGGAGGCAUGGAGACGGUGUGCAAGUUCUCUGAGGCCACACCAGAGUUUCUUGGCAGCAUCCAGACGGUGAGAGAGAACACUGUUGUUCCCCCUGAGGAGAAGGUGGAAGGUUUCAAGGUGCUGCCGGACCAGUACGCUCAUUCCCGUGAUUCCUUCUCUUUUGGGGCAAUGCUGGAGACCUUACUGCCGCUGCUCACUGGCUAUGUCUCUCAGGAGCUGUCCGCGAGCCUCAAGUCCACGCUGCAGGCCAGCCUGUUGUCCUCUAACCCAGAGCAGCGUCCACCUCUCAGCUCGUUGCUGACUCAUGAGUUUUUCAGGAAUGACUUCCUGGAGAUCAUGAAUUUUUUGAAGAGCCUGACAUUGAAAACUGAAGAAGAGAAAAAUGAGUUUUUCAAGUUCCUACUGGACCGUGUCCAGAGUCUCCCUCAGGAGUUGCUGGCGUCGCGUUUGGUUCCGCAGCUUCUGAACUCUCUGGUGUUUGCUGAGCCCACCGCUGUCAAGAGCUUCCUGCCACAUCUGCUGCGACCCAAGAGAGAUUCUGUAGAUAGUGAAGAGAGUCUGCUGUUAGAGGCUCUGUACAAGAAGCACGUGGUUCCUCAGCUGCUGAAGUUGUUCAAGGUCAACGAGGAACAUGUUAGGAUGGUGCUGCUCUCACACAUCCACAUCUACGCUCCCUACUUUUCCCACGACGAGCUCAAGAACCACAUCCUACCUCAGGUUUUGCUGGGAAUGAGAGACACCAACGACUCGUUGGUUGCCAUGACGCUACAGAGCCUGGCAGUUCUGGUCCCGCUGCUAGGCGCACAGGUGGUGGUGGGAGGGGAAAGGACCAAGGUGUUCAAACGGAGUACGCCCAAUUUCAGCAAGUCCACAGAGGUCACCCCUGAGACCUCUCCGGUACACAUCGUGGCUCCAGUGAUGCCGCAGCGCUCCCAGCCCUCCAAGGUGGCCGGCCUCUUCCCCAAACACGGCUCCCCGGUAGGAGGUGUGCUCAUGCAGGAUAUGAGCUCCUUCCCGGCCACCAGAGACUCCAAACUUCUUCCUGCACCCCAGCCAGCUCUUAGCAGAGCGAUGGCUUUACCUCUGAAUGGGUACGGCGAGCUGAAGGAGAGAGAGAAGGUGCCGGAGAGGGCAGGAGGGUCGGACGGGUCACCGGAGGCCUGGCCUGACUGGAGCGACACGGAUGAGGCGGAGAGGAAGCCCAAUCAGCCGGCGCACAUCCAGAUCCAAGUUGCGGCUGACAGCCCGGAGGAGCCAAUCGGGAGAGGGCAGGAAGAGGAGGAGCCCUGGGAUGACUUUGAGGAAGAGGAAGUGACAUCAGACCAGUCGCCCACCACACCUUUGCCAGUGCCAAGGGAGGCAGCUGGCAACAGCCAACAGUCAGAGACUGGCAAGGGCUCCAAAGCACUGAAGCUGGGCUCUGCCAUCAGGGCGGCGCCACUGUUGCCCAGCAGAGAUGCAUCGUGGGAUAGUAGCUGGGAGCAGGCAGGUGAAACCCCUGCGAAAGUGUCCGAGCCUAAAGCCAAAGCAGUCACUGACACUCGGAAGCCAAAGGGUGGCAGCAGCAUUGGUGAGCUGGGUGAAGAAUUCACCAUCAUGGUGAAGAAGAAGCCAGGAAACGACCCAGAGCUGGACUUCUUCGCUGACAUGGAGCCAGACAUUAAGCUGUCGUCCACAUCAACCUCCCUGCUGCCGCCCCCUGCAGGCCUGGGGAAUGCAGCUCACGGUUUGACUGUAGACACCUCGCUAGCUGUGUCUGACCUUCUAGACACAAAUCUGUUCGCCAACGACAUGUCGCUCACUGCCAAAUUUGCUGCGGAAGACAUAAGUGAGGCGGACGCUGGGGGCUGGGGAGACGGUGAUGACCUCAACUGGGAGGACGAGAAUGCCUGGUGAUGAACUGUGAACCUCUAGGGCAAAGCCAUACAGGAGAUGGGGAGAGAGAGGCAGUGGAGAGAGGCCUGCCCUUCAGCUGCAAUCGGAGAGCUGGGGGAAGAGGGGG